CCAGAUAAGAAGAAGUCCAAGAAGCGCCAUUAUGAUGAUGAUGAAGACGACGAAGACGAAGCUCCCGGCAAGGAGUCUCAGGAGGCGGUGCCGUCCGCCGCGGGGAAGCAGGUGGAGGACAGCGGCACCAAAGUGGACGAGUACGGAGCGAAGGACUACAGACAGCAGAUGCCCCUGAAGGCCGACCACUCCUCGCGUCCCCUCUGGGUGGCUCCUGAUGGCCAUAUUUUUCUGGAAGCCUUUUCUCCAGUUUACAAAUACGCACAGGAUUUUUUGGUUGCCAUUGCUGAGCCUGUGUGUAGACCAACCCACAUUCAUGAGUACAAACUGACUGCUUACUCACUGUAUGCUGCUGUUAGUGUUGGCUUACAAACAAGCGACAUCACAGAAUAUUUACAAAAGCUGAGCAAGACUGGUGUCCCAGAUGGAAUAAUUCAGUUUAUCAAGCUGUGUACUGUCAGCUAUGGGAAGGUGAAGCUGGUACUGAAACAUAACAGGUAUUUUGUGGAAAGUACCCACCCUGAUGUCAUUCAGCAGCUUCUGCAAGACCAUGUAAUUAGAGACUGUCGCCUGAGAAAUGCUGAGGGUGAAGAAACAGAGCUCAUUACAGAGACGUUCACAAGUAAAUCAGCGAUUUCCAAAUCCAGUGAAGGUGGCUUUGGUCCGUCAACAUCACAGGGAACAGAUGCUCAGAAUAAGCCAGAUGUCCCAGCUGACUUAUUUGAAUUUUAUGAACAGAUGGACAAAGAUGAGGAGGAGGAGGAGGAAACACAGACAGUGUCUUUUGAAGUCAAGCAGGAGAUGAUUGAAGAACUUCAAAAGCGUUGUAUCCAUUUGGAGUACCCCUUGCUGGCAGAAUAUGAUUUCAGAAAUGAUUCCGUGAAUCCCGAUAUUAAUAUAGAUCUGAAACCUACAGCUGUCCUGAGGCCCUAUCAAGAGAAAAGCCUGAGGAAGAUGUUUGGAAAUGGGCGAGCCAGAUCUGGUGUCAUUGUCUUGCCAUGUGGUGCUGGCAAGUCUCUAGUUGGAGUGACAGCUGCAUGUACUGUCCGCAAGCGGUGUCUGGUCCUUGGUAAUUCUGCAGUGUCUGUGGAGCAGUGGAAAGCCCAGUUCAAGAUGUGGUCCACCAUUGAUGACAGUCAGAUAUGUCGGUUCACUUCUGAUGCCAAAGACAAGCCCAUUGGCUGUUCUAUUGCUAUCAGCACAUAUUCCAUGUUGGGACACACGACAAAAAGAUCCUGGGAAGCAGAAAGAGUAAUGGAGUGGCUUAAAAGUCAAGAGUGGGGCCUUAUGAUACUUGAUGAAGUACAUACUAUCCCUGCAAAAAUGUUCAGACGUGUGCUCACUAUUGUACAAGCUCAUUGUAAACUGGGGCUGACUGCUACCCUGGUCAGAGAAGAUGAUAAAAUUGUUGACCUGAACUUCCUGAUCGGACCAAAACUCUAUGAAGCCAACUGGAUGGAGCUGCAGAACAGUGGCUACAUUGCUAAAGUCCAGUGUGCUGAGGUUUGGUGCCCAAUGUCACCUGAAUUUUAUAGAGAAUAUGUAGCUAUCAAAACAAAGAAACGGAUACUGCUGUACACCAUGAACCCAAAUAAAUUCAGAGCCUGCCAGUUCCUGAUUAAGUUUCAUGAGCGACGGAAUGAUAAAAUCAUCGUAUUUGCUGACAAUGUGUUUGCACUGAAGGAGUAUGCAAUCAGACUUGGGAAACCUUAUAUAUAUGGUCCUACUGCACAAGGAGAAAGAAUGCAAAUUCUACAAAACUUCAAGCACAAUCCAAAAAUCAACACUAUUUUCAUUUCCAAGGUAAGUGAGGACAUUCAGUGUGUCAUUGUGUCAGUGUGUCAACAAGAGGGUCUUCAA